AUGCCGGGAAACAUUUAUCGGUAUCUCAAAUGGCCUUCUGCUCCAAAGGAUAUAAAUUCAUUGACGGCAAUUUGUUUAUUUAUGGUAUCACUUGUACCUAUUUGGUUCAUGUUCGUCUAUUAUCAUAGUGUGAUCAUUGAAAAUCAUGCAUUUAAUGAUGAUCCUAUGUUCAGAAUGGUUGCAGAAGCUGAUGCUUUUGUGGAACAUUUGCACACAAAUGUUUCUGGUAAUGAUUUAUUAAAUGAUUAUCAAUGGCUAAAGAACUUCGAAAUGUUAGUUCGUUCGGAUUGUCAUAUUGUACCAGGCAGCUUGAAACAUUUACACUAUACGGGCUAUGUCAUGGCUGCUUACAAUAUCUUCUUGAUGCAUGUACUUCUUAAUGAUCUCUUACCGGUUUUGGUUGUUGCUUCUGUACCAAUAAUAAUAUCACUUAUUUCAAGUGACAUCGACCCAUCGAACACAAUUCUAUUAGGUUUAUUUGAAUUUUCUCAAGCAUUAUUAGCAAUCAUGAUCAUGAUAAUGUUUUUCUUUUUGAAUGAGAGGAGGAGAACAAUAUCUGAACCAAUAUUCGUGAAAGAUCAUAAACCAUAA